AUGGCGGCUGAAGAAGACGACGAAGAUAUUUGGGAUAGCUGGGAAGAUGUGGCAGAUUCUGGGGUAGGAUGUCAAUAGAUCGGGUGAAAAAAAUGGACUUGGACUAUUUGCACAUUGAUUUAUUAAGUCACGGCCCGUUUAUCGACAUCAGUCCCUUCAGUAUUCUUUAAUUUUGUUGAGAAGUUGGACGAUUCUUAAUUAGCCUUUAUGCUUGUAUCAUUCAGUUUAUCUGUUGUGACGUUAUGAUUGGAAAAGGUUUAUUUGAAUUAUGUCUGUUAGUGGGAUAUGACGGGAGCCCGCUGCUCUGAACUUGUGAAAUCCAGGAUAGUGAAAAGUGCUGAGAUUUCUUAGCAGCCCCACAAAAUAAGGCUCCAUGGGCCAACAGGGACUGCUAGAUUAUUAUGAUAUUAUUGUAAUGAUUAUUUAAUUUACUUAUUAGGAAUUGGAGAGAAGGAUGGAGGAGAGGGAGAAGCAGGUCAGGGAGAAAGAUAAAAAAGCUUCGAGUGGAUCAUCUAAGUAAGAUAAAUCAGUUCAAAAUUGUCUUGUUUGAAGAAAAAUAGAGAAUGGCAUGCUGGGCCUCUUAAGUAAGGCUAAUCAACCUAAAAAUUAAAGAGUGCAAGAAAGAGCUUUGCAGAUUUGGGCCAGGGGUAAUGGGCUGCAGGGUGGGUGAGGGUUGGACUAUUGGCUUGCUGUGAGCACCCCAAAUCAUGUUGAGAACUGUAAAUAUUUUAAAUGUCCUUCCCCUCUAUGUGCAACUAACACAGUUCCUAAGAGACCAACAGUCACUUUUUUGGCUUUGUGGAUGGUUCAGUUCAAAAAGGCUUAACAGUAUAAGCCAAAGAGCACUAAUUUAAUUGUGUCUACAUCUUUAUUAUUGUACAGAUUAAAAGAAAACAAAACCAACUCUCCUGUUCUGAUGCAAGAGGAUACAAACAGAACGCAUUACAGACCACAGGUAAAUGUACUUAUGGAACAUGAGGGAAAACUUGAUCUGCUUUGUUCUACAUAAUCUUGUCAUCACAUUUGUCAGUGUGCAUCCUAAUCUUGGUGUUCCUGUGGUACAAAGCCACAAAUUUUUGAGUUAUCACAGACAACUGCCGAUUAGCCGCCCCUACUGGGAAAUUGGACUCUUUUCGACUCAAUUUCGCUUCAGUAGGUGACAAAUGCAGAUCCAUAAACAAUGAUUACGUCUACAAGUUUAAUAUUAGUUUGGGACAAAGUAUGUGGUCUUUGGAAUCAAAAUACUCAACAUCUUCUAUUUGUGAUUAUCAUUUAGGAAUGGCUUAGGUGUAAGAGGUUUAUUUCGGUAAACUAAAAAAAUGUUAUUCCUUCUGAUGUAUUAGUUGAACCAGAAAUAUGACUCCCAAUAUAGCUUUUUAUUCCAAAAGAAAUUCUGAUUCAAGCUACAUGUAUGUACUGUUACUUUUAGACUCACAUCUAGGCCUCUGAAUCAAAUAAUAAUAUUUUUUUAAGCUACAGUUAUGUAUUAUUAAAGAAGAAAUAAGUUCUUAUUUAAAAUUUUGCUUAACCAGCUAUCAAGGUUAGCAGUAUUAAUUUCCUAAAACCCAGUAUCAUCUCAGGGUCUGAUGUUUUAGUAUCUUUAAUGAUAACUAUUUUUAAUAUUCAGGGCUGUGCUCUAGCGGAGCCCAGUGGCACUUGGCGCCUAACUUUUGAUUUUGGGCGACUAGAAAAUCUUACAAAUCGUACAAAUCAUAUGCUGGGCACCCUUGCUUUUACAGGUUUAGAGCACUGGGCUCCCUUCCUUAGAGCACAGCCUUGAUAAUUAUUGUUAACAUAAACAUAUUGGUUCUAUGUGAGAUUUUACUUCCAGCUGUAUGUAGUUUCAGACCGUUUCAAGAUUUUAAUUUCAUUGUCAGUGAUUUUUUUUUUCUUGUAGCUAAGAAUUUUGAAGAGGCCAGAUUCUGGAGGAUCAAAUCUGUCUAAAUCUCAAGAAAUGAGUAAAGAAAAACCUGUCCAUAAAACACUGGCAGAAAGACAGGCACAAUAUGCUGAAGCAAGGUGAGAAAAAGUUUAUUAAACACACUCCAUCUAAUCCAGUGAUUACAACUGUACUUUCUAGUUUAAAGUUUAAAGAAGCCUUUCUGACUACAAAUGCAUGGGCAUUGAUCUAUUAGAAUACACUGUUGUGUUUUUCUGUUGCAGUUGGUGUACAUGUCUUUUGUAGUUGUUGUUGUUGUUGUUUUGCUGUUUUUUUGUAUGUCUGUUUGUUUGGUUGUUUUUAUAUAAAAAAUAUACACACUGUAUAUAAAUGUAAUAUUUUCUUUUCUCAUCAGCUCAGAUAAUUUGUUUCUCAUAAAAGCAAAUGUACAAUGUGCACAUGUGCAUGCAGAUCCAAGGCUGUGCUCUAAGAAAAAAUGACAAUGCCCAGUGCCCUGAACCUGUGAAAUCCAGGGUGCCCAGCAUAGAAUGUCUAUAAAACAUCAAAAAAAUAAUGAUAAUGAUAAAUACAAUACACUUAACAAAGACAAUGAGAAUGAUGAUGAUGAUGAUGAUGAUGAUAAUCAGUGUUCCAGCCAGAGUGUGCCAUUGCGUGAAUCCCGCAAAAAAACGAGAGAUGGCCCCCACCAAAAGUGUUCAAGGGCCAUUUAUGGCCCUUUCGUUCUAUAAUUCCGUGGGCUUAAAAGUGUCUCUGUUACCUCAACUACAAUAAUUUUCCAAUUAAACAGCAUUUUUAAUCUAAAGAACAACGACUCCGUUCCUUUGUACACAACACGAAAAUCAAUUGACGAAUCUUCUUGAGUUUACCUGAUUUACGUUUAGUGGUCUGGAGACCACUGAGCCUCGACUUGACUUUUGUAAUAUCGCAGGAGCUGUGUCCAUCGUAGUGUCUCGAAAAAGGAUAAACCUGACAAACGCAUCUUUGAGGUUUAUCAAAAGUUUUUUCUCAGUAAGUAAUGAAAAAGUGGAUGGAGGAGAAGCAGUUCAGAAGAAGCAAAAGGAAGCAGAUCUUGUUGGUGAAGUAGAAAAUGAGAUGAAAAAAAUUACUUAUCAUUUUUUAUUGCAUACAUUCUGAUUUUAAUGUUUGCUUUAUUACAGAAGAUUUCCUCUAUUGUGUAUAAAGAGGGAUGCUUCAUCUCAGCUUCAAAUAAACUGCCAUUUUCAUUUCCUUAACUUUCCAACUGUUUCUUCUCUUUUGCAUAUUAGAAAGAUACUGGUACAUUGGCCCUUUCUUGAAAUAUCUGGCCCCCAAAAAUGGGUUGUGGGGGCCACUUUGGCCCUCAAGCAGAAAUUUUUGGCUGGAACACUGUGAUAAUGAUAAUGAUGACAAAAAUAAUAUUAUACACUUAGUACCAGAUCCUGAGGGAAACAUCAGGACUUGAGGGAGUACAAAACUAACCGGUUUCCCAAGGGACCUGACAUUAAGUUUUUUGUUAUGUUUCUAGACUUUCCCUUUAACAGCAACAAAAGAAUAACCGGAGCGAACCAAAACAGUCGACUUGGUACUUAUAACAACACAAAUUCGAUUCUUUAAACCACUGAAUGAAUGAUUUACAAAGUACUUUCCUUGUAUUAUUUGCAUCUUUUUCCUCCACUAGCUGCUGUUUCUCUUCUGGGAUGACUUUGAAAAUCAUAGCUUUUUAGCUUCAGGCUUCCUGUUUGUGUUCAAGUUGUUGUGUUUAUUCACGUAAAAGAAAACUGGCAGUGUUUUUCCCGCCUUCUUUCACACCACUUUCCACCAUGCUUUGAUCACGAGCUGUAAUGUAUCAUGAUCGGGAUACAUUUCAUUUUUGUCAAGGCCACAAGACCAAGAAUCAACCAAUGGCAGUCCCUGUUAAGUAGAGUGAAAGUCUAGGAAUAUAACAACUUUAUUAAUUUACUUUACAGUAGAAUAGUGACAAACCUGUGACCGUUCCAUGAUUUCCUAGUUGCCCAAAAGCAAAAGUAAGGUGCCAGGGGCUACUGCUAGAGCACAGCAGCCCUUGUCUGAUCUUCUGAUCCUCUGCCAAAAAUGUACAUGUGAGAAAAUUACAAUAUAUAAUUAUCUGCAGAAUUAAGUGCUUACAUUUUGUCACUGCACCCUUCGUAAAAUUGCAAAGGUAGACCAUUUACAUGUAUAAAUGCAUAAUUUUUUAUAGGGCAAGGAUUUUGGGAAGUGCUACAGCGGAUGAAAGCAAUGACCUAGAGUAAGUUCCUUGAUUCCAUUCCUUGAUAUCAUCAUUAGUUGAAUUACAGGUAUAAGUAAAUAAAUCGAUAUCAUUCUUUAGGUGCAGUUACACAAGACCAUCUUCCCUAGCUCCCCUUGGGGAAAUAGAGAGAAGAAUUUGUCACAUCACAUUACCGUGGUAGUAUCCUCACUGGAUCUGAACAAUAGGCUGAUUUAGCGACAGAACGGGAACGUCAGUUGACAACUGCGUGCGCAAACCAAACAACUGGCUAGACCAAUGGCAGAGCGGCAAAUUGGGCACCGAAAGUCGUGUUCAGUCCUUUCCGCGCGCGUUCGCGUCGUCAACUGACGUUCCCGUUCGGUUGCUAAAUCAGCCUAAUGUUUCCUGACAGAGACGGUCAUUUGCAAAGUUAAACGAUAAAGGAAAAGUUGGGCUCCGUUUUGAUCCUAAGUGCAAUCAUGCACACAAAAGUCAUACAAGUCAAUAUAUUUAUAGAUAUAUAUUGGUUUGUUGAGAUCUAGAAAUUUUCCUACCAUGGCGAAGCAGCAAAAAUGACUUCUCUCUAUUGCUAGGGUUGUUUACAUCAAAGUCCUGCACUGAAGCCAACAAAGUGAACCAAAAGUUGAUGUAUACAUUAUUGUACAUGUACACGGAAUAUUUUUACUCAAAGACAAGUGUUUGUUAUUCUUAGAGAAAGGGAUCUAAAUUGCAAAUGACUGCAUUCAGAAUGAUUUUGUGAUGGUACAUGACAAGUCGUACCUUAUAAUGUUUUGCAUGUAAACAAAGUUAUGUUUUCACCAUUUUACUCUAUUUACUGCAGGAAAAAUGAAACUCCAAAAGUCAUACAUGUUGAACAGAAACUUCCUGACAAUGUUAUCCGACUUCCAAGGUAAGNAUGACAAGUCGUACCUUAUAAUGUUUUGCAUGUAAACAAAGUUAUGUUUUCACCAUUUUACUCUAUUUACUGCAGGAAAAAUGAAACUCCAAAAGUCAUACAUGUUGAACAGAAACUUCCUGACAAUGUUAUCCGACUUCCAAGGUAAGAGCUAAACAGUUUCAUCUGCACUUCAUCCAUUGCGAUAACUAAUUACUGAGACAAAUGGAACGUACAGUUAUCAUGUCACAAGCAAUAGAAGUCCAAGACCGGGUUCUAAGAUGCGACUUACUAAAUGUAGGGACAGGUCGGGUACUUUCACCACGAAGCUGGGAUGUUUUGGCAAGCUAAUUUGAAGAGGUCAUUAUUCUGCUCAAUAGCAUUCGAUUUUCCCAUCAGCAGGGGUAGCUGUAUGGAUAGAUUAAGUAAUUUCAACGUUCAGGUAGUUAGUUAACUUGAGUGAUCUGUGCAUUUUUGGCUAGUACAUUAUAAUGCGAGCAAUAUUAUUUUGGGAAAGUAUCAGCCAUCGACAACUUGGCAUCCUGGAUAUCCAGAAACGACAAGCAGUGACACACUUUGGUUAAAUUUCCAGAUUUUCAAACGGAAUUUCUCCAAAAGUAUCAGGUUUAUCGGGCUCCAAGGUAGUAUCUUCUACUUAACAAAUCGAUUCCAUGUCACUGUGCGUCUUUUCUGUAAUAGAUCACAGAUGACGUCAAAACGACUGUGGUAAAAACAAAGAAGUGGUACACGAGCUGCAGGCUAGUGUGUCACUGAUGUUUUAACCACAUGUUGAUGUCUUCUGUGAUCUAUUAAUGAACAGACCCACAGCAACAUGGAAUCUAUUUGUUUUAUACAAUGAUCAGGAAAGUAUUAAGACCGAUACACAUACCUCCAUCCUACUGCUUAACUGUUCGAGGAUUUGUGCUAGUUUAGUCCCAAGGUAUACAGGUAGCUCUUGCUAAAUAUCAAGGUUUAGGAGGCUUUCACUUGCGUAAUCCGAAAUUAUCUUACAAACAUUUUCAAAACCGCGCGCCAAGUUUUCCGUGACAUCAUCCAUGUAUCUGUACUCUGAUAGAUCAUGGGCAACGACCAUUCGCUGCGCGCGUAGCAUUCACAUCAUAACAUUGUAAUAUAUGGAAAUGGUCAGGGCUAAAAGCGAAGUUCUCUUCAAUAUCUAUAGCUUACUCAAACAGAAUAACAAUCGAGUAAAGGUAAUGUUACGCGGGACGAUUUGCAGGAACGACGUUUAGCACAACACAGCGUUGCAACAUUGUUUUAAAUGGUUACAACAUUGUUUCAACAUUGCUUCAACGCUCUGUUGCGCUAAAAAUCGUCCUGUGUAACAUCACCUUAAUGCUAAGCGGCGACGGCAACAAAAACAGCCUCCCAAAAAAUAAGUUGGUCUAAUUACUAAAAAACUGUGCACGUACAGCGCACUUUUUUUUCUUUUUUUUGUACAUUUCCUUGCCGUUGUUUUGCACGACUACAACGUGAAACUUCAAAAAACUUCAUAGUUAGACGUUUUACAUGUAUGGUGGAGAUGUUGAAUGUGCUCCUGUUCACGUUUUUUUUUUAAUCGCUGCCGUUAAUUUUAUUCCACUUUGGUGGCCGCUACCAUUUCUUAUUUUGUCAAAAAUUUUUAUGUUGUUCUUCCAACGAAAUUGGUUUCCUUUGUUUUUAAUCUCUCGCGCUCUAGCUCUUUCUCUGUUAUCCACGUCAAUGGAGACAUUAAAAUUAUGUCGAAAGAAAGAAGUAGCUUUGUAACACUAGAAAAAGUCCAUUGGCUGCCUCUAGGUAAACUUCCACUACCUUGAUAAUAUUUCGCUAAGACAAACGCAAGCUUCUUGGAUUCCCCGUCACCCUUGCAGAGUCUAGUGAGUACUACCCCCAAGUCUACUUAGUGCCACCCCCAGAGAACGUACGUAGGUGCGAACGUACGCUGACGUGAUAACCAAAUUUUCUCGGAUGGAGAGUUGACCAAAUUUACCUAGUAGGGGCUACGCUCGCUCGCGCUCUGCGUAGAGCUCCGCUAUAAUAUCUUAUCCCAGUAUUUAUAGUCGCUGUUGUUAAUUGAUCCGAUAAUCAACAGCGUACAUGUACGCCGAUCAGGAAAAUUCAGUAUGGACAGCGCAUCCACACCUUUUAGCUGAGAAAGUAACCUACGUUGAAUUUUUUUUUUUUGUUUCUCCUGUUUCUAAAGCGUGGUUUUGAUUUUUUUUCCCUUUUAGAGGUCCAAAUGAAGACGGUUCGAAAGGCUUUGAGUUCAGAAGAUGA